AUGCCCAGAUCUUCAUCAUCUUCUUACACAUCUUCAUCAGGAUCAUGCUGCUCUUCUUCGUCACGAUCCCCUUCACCUCGAUCUAAAGUCCUCAGAGUUACAAAUUUAACAGGAAAUGUAAAUAGAAAUCAUCUCUAUGAAAUCUUUGAAAAUUAUGGAGAAGUUAAAACUGUGGAAUUAGCUGAAAAAGAAGGGACACACAAAUAAAAUGGCGACGACACUGACCCGUCCUCUCCUGGAACUGUGGCGAGAUUGGGGGCCUUGCUACGGCCUGAAGCCAAUCCGCCCAGGGAAAGGUCUGGAAUGGGUACCGGUAGUUUGUGUCCGGCUAGGUUUCCCUCCCAGUCCAGCAACGGCGAUCCUAGGGUCGUCCCGAUAGGACACGGGCAAAAAGGGUUUUUUCCUCUAGGGACCGCUAGUGUCAAUUUGGAGGGCAUGGCAGGAGCCGACAAGAGCUAAGGAGUUAAUCCUUAGCUCUAACCCUAGUCUGGUGACGUGAAGCACGGUGACCCAGUUCGCCUACUUCCGGGAUAGCAUGACCAAGCCCCAUGACCGGAAGGAGCUGAGUGGUAGCCUGUGGCACUUAGGUGCACACUGGGAGCAGGGCAAGGAAAGCAAGCGAGGCGUCCAAAAGGCGGAAGAAAAGGACCUUCGGUCCUGGCCGGGAGCUACUCUAUAAAUUUAACUAAGACUAAGACUAAGCUGAAAAAGAAGGGAAAGAAGGAAGAUUAAAAAGAGGCUAUGCUUAUGUUGAUAUGGUAAGCGGAAAAGAUGCUUUAGCGGCUAAGAAAGCUAUGGAUGGAGGAUGAAUUGAUGGAAAUGUAAUUGGUGUUAGCAUUGUAGAUGAAUAUAGAGGAAGAAGAAGGCCUAGAUCAAGAUAUAAUAGAUAUAAGAGGUCAAGGCCGCCAAUAAAUAGAAGAAAAAGAAGCAGAUCUUGCUCGUGUUCGUCGUCUUCAUCAAAAUAA